CCUGUGAAAAUAGAGGAAGGAAGGAGGAUAGCAACGAAGAAAGGAAGAAAGAAUAGGAGGAAGCAAGGAAGGAAGCGAGGAAGAAAGGAAGGAAGGAAGGAAGAGUGACGCAGAGGAGGGGGCGAGAAAGAAGGGACAAAAAGAAAGGAAAGAAAGAAAGGAAGGAAGGAAAGAAGAGUGACGCACAGGAGGGAGCGAGAAAGGAGGGACAAAAAGAAAGGAAAGAAAGAAAGCAAGGAAGCGAGGAAGAAAGGACAGAACAAAAGGAAGGAAGGCAUGAAGGUGUGGCUGGGGGCUGCAGCGGCCCUGUCAGGCGCUGGCACUCUGGCGUACCUGUUGGUGCGCUCCAGCCAGCGUGGACGGGGCAACGGGACGCCCAGCAAGACCUCAGAGUCACACAGUACAAAGGGAAGUGAGGACUCUCAUGAUGCAAGUAUUAGAAAGGAUGACUCAUGUGAGAGGCUCAAUGGCCACCUACCCACAGAAGGACAAGCUGACAGUGUCUCUGAGAUGCCCAGUGCAGCAGAGUGCCACAAAGAGGCCAAGCAGCAAAAUCUGUCUGAAAGAUCCUUGACAUCAGGCGAAAUGUGUGACGUCAAUGCUGGUGUGGAGCGAUUGUCAAGUAAUUUAGAUGAAAAUCUCAGUGAACUUGUCAGUGCAAUACAGGACAAAAUUGUUAAGAGUGACAGCUUAUCAAACACAAGCACUUGUGAGGAAGUAAAUAUACGGGCACAAACAGAUGACAAAGAAAUAUCGCAGCCAACCACAGUGGAAGGCAUUGUGGCAGAUCUUGCACACACGCAUGACAAGCCUCAGCAGGAUGCUAGGCCAGGCCCAGAAAAAGAUCGAGAGACUAGAGAAUGCAUAAGUAUUUGUGCAAUAGAAGAAAAAGUGGUGGCCUCAAGUGAGAAAGAAAUUCCCAUUAAUGCAUCAAAUCAAGAAACUGUUAGCAGUGAUACAGAUUCUUCAUCCUUAGAGGGUACAGCAUGUGUUUCAAACCCAAUAGAAACCUCCCUUUCUGUACCAGAACCUGUAGUGGAGGAGUUAUCACAGUGCCGGAUCUUAAAGCCACAGUGUGAUCCUUGCUGUUGUGAGGAUCAUAGUGAAACAUGCCUCCACACUCCUGCCUCUGUGUCCACGGAGUUCACUGAAUUCUCAGAUGAAAAUAAUGCCACUCUUAAUGCACAGAAAGCUACACAAGAGAGUACACAAAAUGAAAACCCAGGCAUCCCACCUGAAAGGCAUUACACACUUACGCUGAAAUCCAAUGAGGAAAAUUUCUGCAUUUCUGGGAAGCACAUCCAUGACCCUUCCCCUACUGAAGCACCUUUUGCUGAGGGGCAAGAGGGAGGUGCCGAGCUGAACAAGGAUGAGCCAGGAACCUGUAUUGUGACUAUUGAGCAAAGAGAGAAGGUGGAUGAGAAGCAGGUGCCUCCAAGUCCACUUUCGUCAUCCCAAGAAGAAUGUCCCUUGAGGAAUGAGUCUGUUUAUUAUGAGUGUAAUGCUGCUGCUGGGAAGGAUUACUGUGGUGAGUCAGAGGCAAAAGAGAGGACAACCAGUGCUAACACGAAAGCCGAAGUUUUGGAGACGGAUGACGAAAUGAUGCAGCCCAUAGGUAAUACUGCUCUGGAAACCCCAACCCCAGUGCAGGAACAGGGGAGCAUUGAGGAAGAUGCAACACAGGAUCAGGGACAGAGUGACAUCAAGCAGGAAGUACCUCAAGAACAAAAAAGAAUUGCCACUGAACAAGAAAACACUGAGGAACAGCAACACAGUGACAACAUGGAUUCAGCUCCUGAGAAAGAAACACACAGCAGCAGCAAUGAAAAAGUAGUAGUACCUCUGGAACAAAAGAUGAAUGCCAGUGAAGCAGAGGAAAAUAAUAAGAGGCAGGAACACAGCACCAGUGAACAGGUAGCUCCAAAGGAAGAAGAGCAAAGCAGCUGCAGUGAACAAGACAUGCCUCAAGAACAGAAGCAGGAUCAUGACGAAGAAGAGAGGAGAGCUGAAAAACAAAAGCAGAGUGAAGGCAAACAGAGCAGCAUUGUUCAAGAAGAAACUUUAAAACAGGAACAGAAGGACAAUAAACAAAAGACAACUCCGAAGCAGAAACCAAGUAAGGGUAAGCAAGAAACGAGACUGAGUGGCAAGAAACAGCUUGAAGUAACUCAGAAGCAAGAAAAAGAGAGCAGCAACAAGCAACACAAAGCACAAGUGGAGCAAGAGCAAACUAACAGCAACAAACAAGUGGCAGCAACAACUCAGGAGCAGGUAGAAAAAGAAGGAACACAGAAUCAGAAGGAGGGCAACAAGAAACAGAAACUAGCGAAGAGGGAAGAACAACCACACCCAAGAGAAGAAAAGAAGGAAGGUGUCAAGGAGCAAAAAUUAACAAAGGAGGAAGAACAAGCCAGUCCAGGAGAAGGAACAAAGGAAGAUAAUGAGAAGCAGAAACUAACGAAGGAGGAAGAACAAGCCAGUCCAGGAGAAGGAACAAAGGAAGAUAAUGAGAAGCAGAAACUAACGAAGGAGGAAGAACAAGCCAGUCCAAGAGAAGAAACAAAGAAAGAUGAUGAGAAGCAGAAACUAACGAAGGAGGAAGAACAAGCCAGCCCAAGAGAAGAAACAAAGAAAGAUGAUGAGAAGCAGAAACUAACGAAGGAGGAAGAACAAGCCAGUCCAAGAGAAGAAACAAAGGAAGGCGACAAAAAGCAGAAACUAACGAUGGAGGAGGAACAAGCCAGUCUAAGAGAAGAAACACAGGACCAGAAGGAAGGCAAUAAGAAGCAAAAAGUAACGAAGAAGGAAGAGCAGCCCAGCCAAAGAGAAGGAACACAGAAACAGAAAGAGAGUAACAAGGAGCAAAAAAUAACACAGAAGGAGGAAAAGUCCAACCACACGCAAGACACAGGGAUGGAGAAGAAGGAAGAGAGCAAUAACAAGCAGCAAGUGACUCAGACAGGGGAGCAGAUGAACCACGAAAAAGAAAUAACAUCACCAGAACAGAGUGCCAAGGUCCAAGUCAAGGGCGAUCAGAUGGCACUCUCUCCCUCUAAGCGUAAUAACAACAACAGCGGUGGCAAGAAGGGGAGUGUGAGGAGCCGUGGGGACUCUGCCUCAGCUGACCUUGACUGUGACGUUGGCUCGGAGCACGACAACAUCAACUGUGACUCCUCAAGCUUGAAGUCUACGGACAGUGGGCAGGGAAGCAGUGAGAUUGAACCCGAGACCUUAUUUGCGCCAUCAAACUUCCCCGUCACAAAUCGGGAACAGUAUAUCUUCUACGACUUUGAGAUUCCACAGAUGUUGGUUGGAAGGCUCAUUGGUCGCAAAGGAGCUUUCAUCAACAAAAUCAAGGCAGCAACAGAGGCAACUGUCAUUGUUCAUCCCCACAAGAACAGAAAGUUGAAGCUGUGUUCUGUUGAAGGUACCAAGCAGCAGGUGAACGCGGCACUGGAGCUCAUCCGUGAGCACUUCCCGGAGAGCCAGUACCCAGACAUCACACUGCAGCAGGUGUCCACGCAGCAUCAGAUUCCACCAGCGAUGCAGCCCACACUCAACGCACCCAGUAUGCAGAUUGAACUCACAGCCGGGGUGGUGGUGGAGGUGCGAGUGAGUACAGUGGUAAGUGGUGGCGAGUUGUGGGUACAGCAGCCCUUGCAUCCCUCCUACUCUGCCCUCCACCGCCUCCACACUUGCAUGAACCUCAACUAUGGGGAUGGCUCCAAUACACCACCCCUCCCUAACCCCAUCAGUGAUGGCACAGUGUGUGUGGCCCACAUCAAGGAUCACUGGAUGCGCUGUCAGGUGCUCAGCUCCCUCAACGGCGUGUCCCUCGUACUGCCACUGGACGUGGGCGGCACCAUCUCCCUCCCCUCCUCCUCCCUCAGACAGAUACGCUAUGACUACAUGACGCUGCCAUUCCAGGCCACCCAGUGCUUUCUCUAUGGCUUGCAGCCCAUUGAAGGUGACACGUGGAGUGACACCGCAACUUCCGUGAUGGAGGAGCUGGUCCGUGGCACGAUUCUCUCCGCAGUAGUGGUGUCCUACACGGAGGAUUGCGUUCCACUUGUCAACCUGUACCGACGAGACCAGAACCAUUUUGUACUCCUAAAUGAGAAGUUGGUUGAGUUGGAUCAUGCUCAAUGGAUUUCUCCACAACCAUGCAGUUGAAAACUUUAAAAAAAAAUAUUGAAAAUCCCAUAACCUUGUGACCUAUGAGAGAGACUUCUCAACAGUACUGUAAGUACAGAAAGUUCUGCUCUCGGAUGAAAACACUUGAUAAUGUUCUGAUGUGAUUUCUUUGGCAUACGGUAUCAUUUUCAUGAAUCAUUAAUUUAUAUGCAAAUCAUCUAAAGUACAUUGCAGCCAACUUCCUCUCUGCCACAUGUAAAAUUGCAAUGAGACAGACAAUACUUAACUUCAUCAGAUCUGUAAAUAGUGUAAAGAAGCUAACACUAAGAUUUUGUAUGGAUUGCUACUAGGCAACAAAUUUUCUUCUCGGAAUUCUUUUCUAAGAAUUUGAUAGUUUUAAUUAUAAAUUGUGGCUGUGAUGGUAUAUUGCUUUUAUUUUUAAGGCUGCUUUUGUGCAUUUAAAUUUUAUGCCAAUAGAUAGUUUGUUUAGCUGUUGCCUUCCCCUCUAAGUUUUAUGAGGAAAACCUGUGAGGUAGCUGUAGAAAGAUAGCCAAGUUUCACAAUUUGGUGUAGUGCAUAACAUAAGAAGUAAGAGGACAGGACAAAGCUUUGCUGCUAGAGAACCUUUGGAGUAAGUCAUGAAGGUUCUUAGUAGAGUAAUAUUUUAGUGUAGCGUUUGGUCCGAUGGUGAAUGAAAGUUUUCUAUUACUGCAUGUUCAAGAAAGUAAAGUUCAAGAUUGUGAAGUUAUUACAAGGGUAUACAGGUACUUUGCUGUUGACCAGAGCCAUAGAAAAGAGUAGUUUGGCCAACGUGAUCACAGGUGCCAUGUUGCUACCUAAAGCCCUCUGCAAAAUUCAAACUGAUGCUGAUAAUUAGUUUUUUUGUGCUCUAAUAUUGUCAGGAUCUUUUAAGUUCAGUACUAGCUCAGUUUAUAAGUGUUUUGAUUUAUGAGCACAAAAAAUUCACCAAAAAUGCCUUGGUUUAAGAACGGUGACUUGGUGUAAGAGCAUCCUGUUUGUACGAGUCAAAGAUGUGAGUGUGGGUUCCCUUUAUUCGCCGCAAGCGGAAAACAACUGGAAAGAGGUGUCAGUCCAUGUUGUACACUCUCAGAGGUAGCACCUGUGCAUAUUUACAUUUGUGCUGUAGUGUGCAAUCUUUAUUUUCAGCAAUACAGUGUGUGUUCAUUUUGGUUUAUGAGUUUUUUUGGUUUGUGAGCAAAAUUCCAAAAUGAAUUAAGCUCAUAAACUGAGGUAUGACUGUACCUGGAGCACAGAAGAGAAAGAACAAUAUUUUAUCAGCGUCACAUUGAAUUAUUCGUGGCUCUUUUGGUUACAACAUGGCUCCUGUGAUCAAGUUGGCCAAACUCUCCUAUUCUAUGCCUCUGCUGUUGACCAUAGAGUGAAUACGACUCCUAUUUACUAUAUAAACUUGUUCCAUUGUGGGAGGAUAAAACACAUGCUCCAUGGUUUGGUAGUAGAUUGCUUUGUGAUAGGCUUUCAAACUAUUUCUCACUAUUAGAACAAUAUUAGGUAGAAAGAAAGUGUCAGAUAUUUUAAGUUCAAUAAAGGAUUGAUGUUUCUUUAUAUUCCUUUCAAAGAAAGGUCAUCAGUUUCUCUCAAUGGUUAGGGCACUAUAUUGUGACAGUGUCUUUUAUACAUCAAAAUUUAUUUUAAUCAUGUUGCAGACAGUAUAACAAAAGUUUUUUUUAUUUUAUUUUAAUGCUCAGAUUUUAGUUUUGCUGUUUUCAGACAUUAUAGAAUUCAAUCAGCUUUUUGUGGUUCUGUUUUCUUCCAUUUGCAUCUUUCCACUCCUACGGUAGUCAGGAAGGAACCAACAUGGUUGCAUUACAUUAUAUCAAGGAGAAAGGAUGCCAAUAAUCAUAUUGUCCAUAACUAUUAUGAUGUUUUUGGCUGAAUUGUAAUGAAAGGCCCCCUAGCCCUUUGUUUUGUUUAGGGGAUGGCUGGGGAAGUGCAGAACCAGCACCCGCCAGGAACCAGGCUUGGGAUUAACCUUUUGAGGGCUCUGCGUGUGGGUCCCUGGAACAUCCUUAGCCUCUCGGAGGAUCAUCGACUACCCUUUGUAUCAAAUGAACUCAGAAGGUUGAGGGUGGAUAUAGUGGGACUCUGAGAUGAGGAAGCCUGGGAGUAGCGAGAUCAGUAGUGGGGGUCACACCUACUACUGGCCUGGCAUGAGCAAUGGUGCCCAUCUUAGGGGGUAGCUAUAUGCAUCUCUAGCCAACUGCAGCCAUUUGUGGUUGAGGUUACUCUGCUCGAUGAAUUUAUAAUGCAAGUGAGGCUGAAGCACACACUGGGCUUCAUAUCUCAUGCUGCACUGUACACUCCUACCAAGAUGUGUGAAACUGAAGAGAUGUUAUAUGUCAAAUUGGAAUGACUUUGCAUCAAAGCAGCGAUUACUCGUUGAGACUGAUUCAACAUAAAUUAUCUGCAUAGUCUGUCAACACCAACUCUGGCUAUACUGGCAUGUGGCACGCUAUACAGAAGCUGACCCUGCUCGUUGGGUUGUUUCUGUAAGAACCCUGAGUGGAGAAGGCCAAGAGGACGCCCACCGAAUUCGCAGCUUGAGCAAGUCGAUAGAUCCUGACGGGAGGUACUUGGGAUGGGAAGGGGGCCUGCAUGGAGAUUUGCCCGGAGGAACCCCAGGUUUGGCAAGGCGAUGAGCCCCCAUUGAUUGAUUGAAAUAACCUCUGUAAAUUCAGGUAACUAGUAAUGACACCCCAAACUUGUAUUAUGGUGUUGGGUCUUGCUUCAGUUAUAUGUUUUGCACAUUUCAAACCACUAUGUGCAUGCAUAUUUUUCCCUGGACAAUUAACAUUACUGAUAGUGUGUACAAAAGGACAUGGGAGUUGGUGGUGCAGCCAUGCUGGGCAUAAAAUGUACUCCAAGUAAAUUUUCAUGUGGUUGUGUGUGUGUGUGUGUGUGUGUGUGUGUGUGUGUGUGUGUGUGUGUGUGUUCCUCAUUGCAUAAGAGAAUGUCCCCUUGAUCUUCUGUCUUUUUUGGUUGUUUGAUGAUGAAGAGAAUGACUAGCUGUUGAAAAAAUUUAGUUUACUCAGCAAGUAGAAUAUAAUAUUUAAUUUUGUCUAGGAAUUUGAUGAGAAGAUAGUCAUAUAUCCUAAAGUUUUCUUCUAAUUUGACUAAUUCAGGCUGUACCUCAUGUUUUGUAAAUAGCUGCAUGGUGUUCACUCAGCUUUUGGUUUAACAAAUGAUUUUGAAGUGUUUCAUGCUAUCAUUCUAACAUUAAUUAGGUGCAUCAUUUUAACAAGAGAAACUGCCAUGUUAUGUUUCUGGCUGUAAAUUUGUACAUAUAGAUAACUAUUUUUGUAUGAUGCCAGAUGACACCUUUGUAUGAUGGUUCCCAAGCACCGUAGUGGUGUCAUGAAACAUCCCAAGAUCUUGAGACAUCCCAUCCUGAAUACAUACAUGACUUUCAACGCGGUACUGUGUCUUUUGUCGACUGCUUGUCAGGAUCUGUCCCACCCAAGUUUAUUUAUAUUAUUAUGAAAGCAAAUGAUGACGUAUGUAUGUAUAUGACUAGGAUAUCAACAAUCACUCCUUCUUCUUGUGACCUGUUCUGCUUUGCAUCGCUUUUUAGGUCCUCCUUGGUACUGUUUUACACUUAGAUGCUUCACUUAAUUACUCUGUGAUAGUAAAGAUUGGGUUCCGUGAUGCGAAAUUAAGGAUGGGAUGUCUUACGAUAUGGGAUGACACCAUCAUGCUUGUUGUGUUGAAGCCUGUGAAUGUUCCAAGGUACGUUAAACAUUUACUGUCUUAGUAGGUCUUCAGAGCACAAUCUGUUUGGCAACAAGGAUGUCCUGGAGUGUUCAUUUAACAGUGAUGUGGCCACAGUAAUGUCUUAGUGGUGUCAGCUAAUGAUACUUUGCUGCUGAUUAGCAGUGAUAUAACAAUUAGUUUUGUAGUUGCUGUAGUGAACCAGUGAAGUGAGUGUAAAUUCUGGGAAUAGAAGGUGAAGAUUUGGCAGCAAACUGUGAGGCAGCCCUACUCAACCUUACACUUCAGAAUAUUAAGGCUAAGGUAAUAAAAGUACUGUAAGAUAUAGACUUCCCCUAUUGAAACUGGUGCAUGCACUAUUGACUCAAAAAUACCAUAAAAAUCAUGCAAUUUUAAGUAAAUAGAAGUAUGUACUGUAACACUGCAGGAUGCCUUAGUAGUAGAAUGCUAAUACAGGCUACCUCCACUUUACAAAAUGGUUACACUCCUGAAAAAUAUUUGCUUAGCAAAGUUUCAUUGUGACUGCAUUAUAAUAUGAGGUAAAUGGAGUUUUGGUUCAGGACCCUUUUUCAUUGUUCAAUCUGAAAUAUUAUUUGUAUUUUGUUAUAUCACAAACUUUAAUUUAUAUGCACAAUUUAACAUUCAAGUGGCCAAUAAAAUCAAAAGUAACAUCGACGGCUGUUCUAAUACAGGCUAACACUUUUUUGGCGGGAGUGAUCAGCAGUGGCAGACUUAGUUGUAGUCUUGUUGUGAAGGUUGUAGUCUUGUUGUGAGGGUCUCCUUGCUUUCUAAAGCCAGCUGUUAGCAAAUGGAGUUGUCAAAUGCUGACCUUCCUUCAACUUGCUUGGUUAUCAUUCUACAAACACAAGAUCUCAGCAGUGACCAGGGUGGUAGAGACUGGAGACUAGCAUGUGUCUGUGCAUCUGGUGAUUGAGCCAAGCUGAAGAAGACUUCAUCUUGUUCAUUGCAGGGUCAUGAGCUCAGGUGGUUCUUUUAACCUGCAGACUGAAUUUUCCCAUCUUAACCCUCUUGCGCACCUGUUUCAAUGAGUUUUCUUUUCCACGCUCAUUUCAAACAUCGGGUCUCUUGCCAGUCGAGGCAGUUUUUUAGUGCACUGAAAAUUUUUGUUUCUCAGCUACUUUCUUCCCUCAAACCUGCAUUUAUCAUUAUCCAUAAUAUAUCAAUGGCUUCCUUAUUUGUUUUAGUUUUUCAUGAAUCAAUAAAGAAAUAAUAAUAGUAAUUUUUCUACUUAGGUCAUGUUCCCACCUCCAUAACUAAAAACUUUGUGUGUCAGCUUUUCAAUGUAGAUGUAUUUAUAAUAGCAGAAUUUUAUCAGGAUUCUUAUGGUUCCUUCAAAUCUCCAAUCGGACAAUUAGCACCAUAAAAUAUUUACGGAAAAGUAAAAAUAUUGAAAGAGUCCAUCUUUCAUUUGCUUACAUAAUUCAUUGAAAAAAAGCCGUCUUUCAUUUGCUUGUGUAAUUCACAAAAUAUAAUACGCUACUGCCUGUAAAGAGAAAAGAAUACAAAUUACACCCAAUCAAUUCACUGUACUGCACUAUAUAACAGUAUUAUUACUGUUAUGCUGUAGGCAGCAUGGGCGUGCGCAAGCCCACAGCAGUGAGAUGUGCAGAUUGACUGUUGAGAGUGACCAGAAACUGUCUUUGUUUUCUCAACCGCGCUCAAAUCUGUGCACGCGGAGUGUUGCCAAUUAGUUCAUUUCGGAGAGGGUGAGGAAACUUACCCUCAAACAAAAAAUGAUGCGAUUGGAGUGAAUAUAACUAUUUAAAAGUAAUAUUUGGGUUCAAAUUUUACACGCCAUUGGCGUUGGUGAGACGGUUAAUAGCCUGCGCAGAUUUGAAAUUUGAUUCAAUGGGGACAGGCCAUGGUGUCAACUUAUAUUAUAUCUUUUCACUGCUCUCAUGCCUCCUUAAUAUGUCAUAUUUCACAAAAUGAAUGUGCAUGCAGCAGUGAGGUACUGUACUAUUUUGAAUGAUAAUCUGAUGAGAGGCACUUUCCUUCAUUAAACACUACAUCUCAGUGUCAUGAAACGUGAUAAAUUCAUCUUGUCCAGGAAGGGGUAAAUAAAUUCUGACUGGAGACAGAACCCACUCUCAGGCAGAUGGGAAGGCAGCACUUGAUCAUUUACCUAAGGAGGUGCCUGAGACCAUGCUCAGUUUAAAUGGAAUGAAAAUAUUGAAGCGAUUUUUAGCACUACUAAGUUGAGUGAAUGGAAGUAAACUUCAAUCUUUACCGCAAGCUUUAAUUGUGUACAUAAAGUGGGGAUCACCUUUAUAAUUUUGUCUUAGUCUUUAUUCAAACAUGAUGUUUAUUGUCCUUGUACUAUUCUUUGAGUAAAUAAUGCAUGCGCUAUGACAAACCUGUGUCUAGCAAAGUACAGUGUGAAUCCAUGUUCUCAUAAACAAGAACAGUACAAUAACCCCUUGAAGCUAAAACAUUGGUGUUGGCACAUUACAUCUGGGGUGACAAUUUGCAUGCUAUAAAACAUAUGCGGACGGUAAAGGAACACUGUAUGUGGUGAUGCUGAUAAAAUUCAGAGAAGAAUCAAGGCUGGUUGCUUUCUGAUUUGCUUUACCUGCAAGAUGCUUUUCCUCAGUUUUUAGUCUUUUUUUUUUCUGUGUGUGUGUGCUUAUAAAAUGCAACUAUACCUAUUAUUAUUAUUAUUAUUUUUACUGGGACAUUUUUUAUAUGUUGGGGAAAGGAGAUGGAAGGAAGCAUGGGUGUAUUAAGGUCCCAACUAGUCUCACUCAAGGCUUCACAAACACUGCUCCUCCCACCCUAACGAGCCCCCCAACGACGACGCAGUGGGGAGUUAGGCUAAUGCAGCUAUCUUAGCAAAACCAGUUAGCUCCAUUGUAUAACAUUGCAUGACUAAUGAAUCAACUGAAUGCAGGGAUGAGGUGAGGACAGCAGUGGGGUAGGAGGAACACUGCUCUGUCCAUAGCAGCAAGAUAUUUGGUCAAUAUUUUCUUUAAUUUUCUAAUGUAAAAUUUCAACUUAUGACCUGCCUGUCGGAACCAAACCCAUUGUAACUAAGGAGUGUCCACAUUUCUCUGUGUUAGAGCUGAAGGUAACACUUUACAGUCAAAUGAAUGGUUGUUCCUGAUAAUAAACUUAUGAUUCUUCGUCAGAUUAUUCAAAGAAUACUUCACCCCAGUAUUCGAAUACAAAGGGUGCUGACCUGGCUGGCCUAUGAGCUGCAAGCGGGGCAUCCCAUGUGACUUGUAUAUAGCGGAAAGACACCUGAGGCACCCCAGUUCCCCUGAAACCUAGGGUGGAGCUGGUUGGGACCUUAAUACACCUGUGCUUCCUUCCACCUCCUUUCCCCAUCAUUUUUAUCAUUAUUCCCUAUUGAAAAUUUUGUUCAAUUGCCUCAGAAUUAGAUUUGUAAAAUCUCGCCACAAAUCAGAAUUUUUGUAAAAUGCAAAUGGAUUACUUCAUUCAUGAAAUGUUUAACUUUUGAAUCUUGUCAUCAUAUGUUUAUAAAAUGCUCAUGAAACACAAUCAAGCCUUUACCAUUAUUCCUUAUGGGAUUAUUCAGAUUAAAAUGAAAAUCAGUUAUGCAACCUCCGGGAACCUAAGUUCACUUCCGUUAGGUGUACGUUGAUUUAUAUAGAACUCAUUAUUCAGAAAAGCUGGAACAGCUUGUAUAAAUUACAGAAAUUCUUUAACCUACUUAUAUCCUGCUGUGGUUGUUUGAAGUACAAUAUUUUAUCUUCAUAACUUGUAUAUAAGUAUUUUGAUAUUAAAACUGACCUGUAACAUAGGCCUCCCUGCUACUGAAGUUUCCCUCUUAAAGGAAGAGCGGCAUCACAGAAUUCUUGUCUUGUGCCACCUUUCCCGGUAUUGUUGCCAAGGGUGUCUGUGCAGUCACCCAAACCUGUUGGUAAAGGUUAAUAUUGAAUUACAUUAUAAUGGUAAGGUAAUAAAAAUUACUGAUGAAGGAUUUGCAAUCGUGUGUAUCUUUCCGAGGUGGGUAUUUGGUGCUUGUGUUUAGCAGCUAUUGUGUAUUAUUACUUUUACAAUCUCAGGUGAUACCAGCCAGAUUCUCUUAUCCAGGUUCUCAGGGAGCAAUGUGUGUGUGUGUACCCUACUCCCAUAACUACAGGUUCAAUCUUGACCCACAGCACUUACACUGAUUACCUCAGUGAAGAAUCCCCCUAACCCGGUAACAUUAAACUUUGUAGGACUACAAUUUGGGCUAUAAUAUCACAGGUUGUAUCCCUCCCCCAUGCUGGGAAGGAACCUUUGGCCAAAAUACAGCACCUUCCUCGAUGACUAACACAGAAAUUAUGUAAUAGACUACAUUAGGAUUUACAUCAGUGGUUGUAGUGGCCUAAGGGUAGGCAUUAAUACAUAUUACACUUCUGUGAGAAAAUUAACAUAGCAGUUGAGUUACUGAGAGUGGCAGGCAUUGUGGCUACUUACUGCUGAACCAGCAGCUCCCAAUAUCUUCAGCAAAUUAUAUGAGAGCUCUCAGCGUGAGAUCAAUGAAUAGAAGAUUUUAACAUUAGUCAUUCCGUCUGGAUAUUAUAAUGAUUGCUGCCAGCUUCAUUGGAAGGUGCUGUGUUCGGGUUACCGGUUCCUGCUAUUGGAUGGUAAAAAUCAUAUUACACAGCUAUGGGAUUAGUUAGCAAUUUCAUUACUUUUACAUAAAAUGACUUAUUAAUAUGUGGCAAAUGUUACUCAUACUAAAUAGAAAAGAUGUAACUGAUUGAGUCUCUUAUUCAGGGUUGAUAAAUGGAUAAUCUUUUGAUUUGCGUUAUAUCUAAGUUUAGCUGUACAUGGAGGAAAAGCAUGCUUCAGUACAGAGCACACACAGAUUUGACCAUAAACAUUGCCUGUCUUAGGAUGCAUGAAGUGUUUGAGGAAUCCACACCAUCCAGAUAAUUUUGAUUAUGUUGCCUUGAUCCUUCUAUCUAUACCAUGGACAGCAAUUCAGAUCAGACAUCACCACACCCUGUCCCAAUGAAACUUUUCCCAUGGGGGUAGAUAUGGGAAGUCUCCAAUUUUUCCUGUUCUGGUGUUCUGCCUCCACACAUUCAGUCCCUUGCCUGAUGAUUCAAGUCUCCAGUACUCAUCCCCUCUCUUGAUUCAUUUAACAGUGGUUUUCCCAUGAUACUGUUUCUUUCAAAUCCUAUUCUCAUAAACUUCACAAAAUUAUCCUCACAUUCUUACCAUGCUUCACUGUAAAAAUGAUUCAACCACCUCACUGUCCACUCCCAUUACUCUUACACCUAUACCAAAACACUUCAUUACUUCCUCAAUCCCUUUCUUUAUACACAACAUGCAAUGAGCUUUAUAUUAGCUCAUUUCCACUGCACAUAUUCGUGAUUGCUGAGCUACAUUCCAUGCCCAUGUUUCUGAUGCACAUGACGGAGCUGGGAUGAUAAUGCUAUUUCUUAUACCAUUCUUUACUCCAUGCUCACACUUCUUUCCUUCAAAAUUCUUUCCAGUGUAUCUAUUGCCUGCCUACCUCUCAUUCCUCUCUCUCGCUUCUUCCUUCAAUAUGUAUCGUACAAUGUCAAUAAAAUUUACUAAUCCUCAUGAGAAAGUGUAAUUGCUUUUCACAAGUUCAAUGGUGCCUAUGUAUGGCUUAUUCUGUUUUGUGUACACUUUAGUAAACAUUAAAAAUAGUAUACAUUUAUUUAUUCAUGGCUUCUGUAUUAAUUACCUGGCAGCACUACCUUGAAUUAUGGAAAUUCGUUCAUAUGUAUAUCAUUUUUUACCCCACUGCAGGUACUUUUUUUUUUCAUUAACAUGUUUGCCAAGGGUCUUUACAAAUUUCAGUAUAGUGAUGAGACUAUGCAAGCUGAUGUGAUUUCCAAGUGCUUGAUGUGUAAAAAGUCUGGGCUGAAUGGAGUCCAGUAAGUUGUGGUUGUAAGUCACACUUGUUCUUUAUUAUGUUUCUUAUGUAAACUGUGCAGCCUGAAUUAGAGUAGGCAAAAAUUUAGUUGGAAUGUAAGAUGUCCAGUAUUUUUUAUGAGAAAAAAUAAAUGUUAAAAAAGG